AAGUGUUUUGGAGUUUGUACAUGCUUUGUCUCUAGGGGCCACUGUACAAAUUAACUAUGUUUAAAGAAUCUUCUGUAUGGUUGUAACAACAAUCACAUUCAAAACUGUAACUGUGCAGCUACCUUUUACUUUAACAUUAUUCUGUAUAAAAGUAUCUAUUUUAACUGAUACAUUAUUAUGUUUAUUAUAAGUGCAUUACUAACACACUGUAUCACUAUAAUCAAACUGGCAUGUUUUGCAUUCCAUAUAUGACCAAUAUCAGGCCUGACCAAUAUUUGACAGGGAGACUGCCUCUUUUUGAAAAAUGUCGGUAAUUUGUUUUUCCCCUUGUCGAAUCAGAAUUGAGGGUUGGAGCAGUUUCCUCAACCACAUAGCAGGAUCAGAGGACUUCUGAAUAUUAAUUUCUCUCUCAGCGAUGGCUCUCCUGCACAGUGUCCUCUCUCCGGUCCUCAGCUGGACGUGUCUCUGUUCACUAAUGUACAUAUUCAGUACUGGACUGGUUGCUGCGGUUGCAGUUUUGACUGUGAGGAGAGUCUGGUACUCUCACAGGCUGUCAUGCUUCAGCAAACCCCCGGCAAACUCAUGGCUGUUGGGCCAUCUGGGGCAGAUACAGGGCAGAGAAGAAGGUUUCCAGCUAUUGGAUGACCUGGUGCAGACAUACAAACACUCCUGCUACUGGGUCCUCGGUCCUUUCUAUCACCUGGUCAGACUCUUCCACCCUGACUAUAUCAAACCUCUGUUCAUGGCACCUGCCAGCAUGACGGUGAAAAAUGGGCUCAUUUAUAACCACCUACAGCCUUGGCUGGGACGCAGUGUGCUGAUUAGUAAUGGCGAGGUGUGGUCUCGCAAAAGACGACUGCUGACUCCAGCUUUUCAUUUUGAUAUUUUGAAGAGCUACGUUACCAUAUUUAACUCCUCGUCUAAAAUCAUGCAUGACAAGUGGUGUCGACUUGUAGCAGAAGGCAAAACUAAUCUGGAGAUGUUUGACCACGUCAGUCUGAUGACUCUGGACAGUUUACUGAAAUGUGCCUUCAGCUACGACAGCAACUGUCAGGAGUCUCCCAGUGAGUACGUGUCAGCCAUAGUGCAGCUCUGUGACCUGGUAGGACAGCGGCAACACAACAUGUUACAUCAUUGGGACUGGAUUUACUGGAAGACUCAGCAGGGGAAACUGUUCAAACAAACCUUAAAUGUUGUACACAGAUUCAGCAGAGAUGUGGUUCAGAAGCGACGUGCCAUUCUGAAAGCACAAUGUGGAGUUGCCCCGACGUCACAGAGGAGGAAAGAUUUCGUGGACAUUCUGCUGCUGACAAGGGACGAAGAUGGACAAGGCCUAACAGAUGAGGAGAUACAAGCUGAAGCCAACACCUUCAUGUUUGCAGGUGAGACGCUACAAGGGCGUAGAUUUGGCGUGGACGGAAGGGACGUGUCCCCACCGAUAUUGAUGCUGAAAAGGGAAACUUCCACUUCUUCUUGUGAAACAGGUACAGUCUGCCAGGUCAGCAUUUAUGGAACACACCACAACCCUAUUGUUUGGACAAACCCACAUGAGUUUGAUCCCCAUCGAUUUGACCCAGGCAACAAAAUGAGCCACGCUUCUCAUGCCUUCAUCCCCUUCUCCUCAGGCUCCAGGAACUGCAUUGGUCAGAAAUUCGCCAUGACAGAGCUUCAAGUUGUAGUGGCCCUGACCCUUCUCAGGUUUCGACUGACCCCAGGGGUGAACCCUGAACUCGGGAGCAGCAGAGUUCGCCGUCUUCCCCAAAUCGUCCUGCGCGCAGAGGGAGGCCUGUGGCUGCAGCUGGAGCCUCUGAACACACCCAAACUGAACAAACAAUCAGAGGAAUGAUCCAACAAGUGGAGUUUUUGUCUGAAUUUCAGGAGCAGGACCACACCUCAUCCACGCCCCUUUCACUCUUCAGUCAAUGUAUGCUCCCUAAACCAUCAUCGUACAUCGUAACUGAGGAUGUGGUCCCAGCUAGUGAAUAUAAUAUUCUUAUGUAAUAUAGCUCAAACACAAAAAUAAACAAAUCUUACACUGAUGGCACCUCUCAGACACUAAUUAGCUGUUUGAUUUUGAGUUUUCAAACAUUCACAUUAGGAGUGAAAUCUUGACACUCACAUUGAAAAACAUUGUUUUUGACACAUUUAAUGAAAGGAAAGACUUUAUCAGUGCAUGUGUGAUGCAGGGGCGUUAACACCUUUCUUAUAUCACCACUCUGAAGACUGAUGGACAUUGUCAACAAGUUAACUGACAUUCAAAAGGGUGAAACUCAAAACAAGACAAACAAUACAGUCAUGAUAUACAUGUGUGCAGCAUAAUAUGCAUUUAUAUACCACAUUGCUGCUACAUAGCAUAUGUCAUAUGUCUAAUUGCGUAAACUUGUACUAUCGAUGCUGUCCCAGACAAACUCCCAAAUCGCAGGUAACUAGCUCAAUAAAGGGACUAGCUUUACAGCCAAAUAAUAAUGGAUUGCAUUUAUACAGCACUUUUCUAGGCACCCAAAGCUUUACAAUUCCACUAUUGAUUCACUCUCACAUUCACACACUGGUGGAGGCAGCUA